AUGGCGACCCGAACACAGCCAAACAUCAUCAUAACAGGCACGCCUGGUGUGGGCAAAACAACGCAUUGCGAGAUGUUGGCGCAGAAUACGGGGUUAAAGCAUUUAAGUGUGAAUGAUGUGGUGAAAGAGAGGGAAUGUCAUGAGGGUUGGGAUGAGGAGUUUAAGAGCUGGAUUGUAGAUGAGGAUAAGUUGCUCGAUUCGAUAGAAGAUGAGGUCAAAGAGGGGGGCUGUAUCAUUGAUUGGCAUGCGUGCGAUUUGUUUCCGAAGAGUUGGAUUGAUCUUGUUGUUGUGUUGAGGGUGGGGAGUGAGAAGCUUUAUGAUCGGUUGAAGGCUAGGAACUACCCAGAGGCCAAACUCCAGGAAAAUCUCGACUCGGAAAUUAUGGAGGUUUUACUACAAGAAGCGAGGGACUCAUACGACGAGGAAAUUGUAAUUGAAUUGCGAAGUGAUACCACAGAGGAGAUGGAGGCAAAUGUUGAGAGAAUUGAGGCGUGGGUGAAGCAGUGGAGGAAAGAUAAUAGCAACAAAAGCGAAGAAUCAUAG